UGCAAGUCUCAAAUCCAAAGAUCCAACUACCAAAAAUCUUCACCAUGACAACCGAAAAGAGAUUCACUGGCUCUCGCAUUAACGUCAAAUCCAUCGAAACCCCCUCCAGCGCAGAAUGGCGCAUCCGCUUAUCUGGCCCAAAUAUGAUAAACCUUAUGAACGGCCAUCGUCCACAAGACAUGGACGAUAAGUGGAUGUGCAUGACAACGGGGCCUGCUGAACAAGGAUUAAUUCGCGUACGCAUGUGCAGAAGCUGGUCAGAUAGAGAAAUCAUCGCGCUUAUAGGACGUGUCGGAAGUGAUGAUGAAGCAAUUAUCGCCGAGGAAGGCGGAGAGAUUUUGGCGAUUAUGUGGCCGACGCCGGAAGAGGACGAGUAUGAUCCUUUUGAUGAGGAGAGUGCGAAGAAGUUUGCUAUUGGGUUCUGUCGACAUUUUAUGAAUUGUGAGCUUGAGAGUUGAUGAGUAUAUGAGGGCGAAUAAUGGUUUCUGCCAAUGUUCAAGUUAUGACAUGGUGUUCUCGCGUUAGAUUUCUUGGUCGGUAUGUAAGAUAGCUCAUGAAAGAACGCCGAUGCUCCAAUUUACCAAGA